AAAUGAACUAUUAUAUUGGGCAAACAACAAAGUUGUUAGAAAUAAUGAUCCUUUUAACAAUGAGGAUUUAAAAGUUCGUACACAUUCCAAUUCAGUGAAAUGUUAAAGAAAAGUGUGAGACUGUUAAAAACUCCGUUUAUAUUUGUAGCUGGUUUAAUAAUUGGGAGCUUAUUUUUAACAUGUAAAACAAAUCAAUAUAAAAGUUCCAACAUCACUGUUAAUAGACCGGAACAGCAUUUAAAGUCAAAUGCUCACGAAGGGCAGAUUUCGAGUAAUCGUAGUUUUACUGAAGAACCAGAAAUUAGAGCACAACAACUCCAGAACGUAUGUCGAAAGCUGAAAGACAUUGGACACAUUCCCGUAGCAAUACCGGGACAUAGUUACCAGUAUAUGUAUGUAAAUGACGAGUACAAAUUUAUAUUUUGUAUGAUGCCGAAAUUAGCAUGUACAAACUGGAAAAGAAUAUUUCUAGCGUUAAGUAAUAAAUUUCCAAAUAAAGACUUCGUGAUAAAUAAAAUGGGAUCUGGUGAUGUUCAUGACACCUGGCUAAAAUAUGGAAACACCUUGGACAAAUAUUCCUACUCUGAAAUUCAGAAAAAGCUGCAAACAUACAAAAAACUCGUCUUUGUGCGUGAUCCUUUUGAAAGACUACUCUCAGCUUUUAAAGACAAAAUGUUUCGCAAAGACCCGCCGUUCUUUCGAAAUAUAGCAGAGAAAAUAAUCAGAUUAAAGAGAAGUAAAGAAGUUAACCAUAGUGACGAAAUAAAAUUUGUGGAGUUCGUCAAAUAUUUGACUGACCCGGAUACUUUUGAGUCAUCUUAUGAACAGCACUGGGCAAAAUACGAGAAUCUAUGUCAACCUUGUUUGGUGAAUUAUGAUUUUAUCGGUAAAUUUGAAACAAUGAAAAAUGAUAUUUCAAGGACUUUCAAAUACCUUGACAUUAAAAUUUUCAAUGAGACAGUUUUCCCCGACAGAAGCGUAUCUUACAAGAAUACAGAAAGUUCCAAAAUCACACAAACAUUUUACAACCAAUUACCUGAAAUGUAUCUGAAAAGACUAUGGCAUCUGUAUAAAAUUGAUUUUCAAAUGUUUUCUUAUCAAAUGCCAGAUUUUGUGUCAGACAUCGAUGAAUAAUAGAGGACAAUCGUGCAUCUACAUUAUGAUACGAGUACGCAUGUCAAGAAUGCACAAGCGACAAGUGGACAACGACAGUUUUCUGUAAUUGAAAAACAUUCUUUAUUCAUGUCACUUCAGAUGAACAGACAUAUUUACAUGUGUCAAACAUCGAUGAAUAGCAAAGGACGUUUGUUAUACAAUGAUACGUGUGUGUAUGGCUGCAUCUCUGCAAUAAACAGUAAAUGAGAACAUGCAAAUAACGACAAUGUUUACUGAAAUUGACACUUGGCACUUUUAUUUGAAAAAAUACAUUUACAUGUAACGUGCAUGUAAGUAUAUACAGAUGUCUACUAUGCAUUUAGUAUGCGAAUGAUUUU